ACGGCCACAGAGGCUUCCGUCCUGCCAUUGAGGCUUCCGUCCUGCCAUUAAGGCUUCCGUCCUGCGGCGUCGUGAGGGAAGCGGAGCCGGUGGUUCGGGGCAGUUCCCUGCAGAGAUGGUGUCGCUGCUGCCACGCAUCGAGCGGCUCUCGUCGCGGGUGGUGCGGGUGCUGGGCUGCAACCCGGGGCCCAUGACCCUGCAGGGCACCAACACCUACCUGGUGGGCUCCGGGCGCAGAAGAGUCCUUAUUGACACUGGAGAGCCAGCUAUUCCUGAAUAUAUCAGCUGUUUAAAGCAAGCACUGUCAGAGUUCAACAUCUCCAUCCAAGAAAUUUUAGUGACACACUGGCAUCGUGAUCAUACUGGUGGAAUACCUGAUAUCUGCAAAGACAUUCCAAGUGACUCGGAAUACCGCAUAAGUAAGCUCCCUCGUGUCCCUCACUGUGAAGAAACUAUAGAAGGAGGACAUAAAUAUUUUUAUCUUAAAGAUGGAGAUGUGGUAGAGACAGAGGGAGCCACACUCAGAGUUUUAUAUACACCAGGACACACUGAUGAUCAUAUGAUUUUACAUCUAGAAGAAGAAAAUGCUGUAUUUUCGGGUGACUGUAUCUUAGGGGAAGGAACAACAGUAAUAGAAGAUCUGUCUGAUUACAUGAAGACUUUGAAAAAGUUGUUAGAAAUGAAACCAGAUUUGAUUUAUCCAGGUCAUGGCCCAGUAGUACGUGAUGCAAAUACUAGAAUCCAAAACUACAUUUCUCACCGCCUUGCACGUGAACAGCAAAUUCUGAGUGUUUUCCAGAAGAAUACUGGGAAAUCAUUUACAUCCUCAGAGCUUGUACAGAUGGUAUACAAGGAAAUCCCUGAGAAUUUACUUCCAGCAGCAGAACAUAACCUCCUAGUCCACUUGAAAAAGCUGGAAAAAGAAGGAAAAGUGUUACGUGAUGAAACUCCCAGCUUCAGAUGGAAAAACAAUUUAUAAGUUAGGCAAGAUUGUCCAGGAAUGUAUUUGAUCUGCAUGGUUGCUGUAUGAAAAAUCAUAACUAUGAGUGCAACUAUAUGUAAAAUAAAAACUGAUUUUUAUUUGUUUUUUUAAAAAGCGGCAACAAUUUUAAAGCAAUGUUGCAGUAAAUUAACUGAUGUUUUUCACAUUCUACUUUAUUAGAAUUUUAAAAUACCCUGGUGGGUACUGAGUUAAUAAAAUGGAAUGAGUGUGAAGAAUUGAAUCCUACCUUUGUUAUGAAGUGCUGAGUUUUAUCAUUGGUGGCAAAAGACAAAUAGCAAGGUCUUAUAAACUUAAUAUUGUAAUAUCUUAAAGCGAUAUUAUAAACCAAAUAAAUCACAUCUAUAAAAGAAAUCUCUAGAAAAAAACCAGAAAAUAUGUUAUUCUAAACCUGGUUUCACCUGCUUGUGCUUCUCAAAAAGUGAUUUUCUAAUAAGUUACCUGUACAUUCUAAAAAACCAAGUUAUUUUUGCUAACAGGUGUAAUACCAGGAUUUACAUUCCUUUUCUAAUUCAGCUGACUGUGCUUGUCUUUGCUGGUUGCUCAGUGCAGAAGUUUUAACAAACACUGAAAGUAAUUCUAGACUUUUGGGGUUUUUUGGUGGAAACACCAUUUCUGUGGAAUUCAUUCAAAGAAUUCAUUAAUUUUAGCUAACAAGUGUCAAAAAAUGCACAGAGUUGAAGCAGACUCUUAAAUUCUUUGUAAGAUUCUGCAAGAAGGUGAUGAAAAAGCUGUAUAAAGUGACAUAUGUAUGUAUGCCAUAUGAAGUUUUGGUGUUAAUCUACUUAAAGUAGAAAUAUUUUAACUAAAAGGUUGUAUUUGGUUGAAAAAUACUGUACAGUGUAUUAAAAUAUGUUCGGAGAUUAAUUUAAACUGCAAGUUCAGUUCUCUGUGGACCUUCCACUUGCAGAAUAGUACAUAAAUAUUUACAUUACUUUGUCUAUUCAAAGUGUGUGACAUUUGAUGAUAUAUACAUUUCUUCUAGUAUUACUCAGCCUUAAAAAACAAAAGCAGAUCUGAGAUGUUUAAAAAUACCAAGGACAGGUAUAUGUCAAGGACAAAUAUAUGUCCUUGAAAACCUUUGACCAUUCAAUCCUGUACCCUCAUUUGUGAAACAUGCAUAUGUGUUUGGGUACUGAAGGCUUGUCUUAAGAAUUUACAUUAUUUUAUGAAGCUGAUGGCAUUUGUUCUGAUCAGCUGGGACAAAUCCAAAGCAAAAAUACUCACAGGAUAGCAACCCAAAACAGGAAUAGCAACUCAAAAUUGAAAUCAUAUUCUGAGGUAGCAGACAGACCCCUGAAGAAGAGAAAUAAUUACUUUCUGUAAAAAUGAUGCUUCUUGCAAACUUUAUUGAUCUGAAAUUUGGCCAGAUCGUGUCACAUGCUCACUUUUAACUUUUUUUGCAUUGUAAUUUUGAGGUCUUUCUGAGGUCUGCUAGGUUUCCUUCCCAUUGUAUUUUCUAUUAACUUACAUUUUUCCAGACACUUUUUAUCUGUUCCUCCCACAAUAUUUUUUCUUCAAUUCCUUUUGAAAAAAUUACUCAAUUUUCAAGUGGACUUCUUUCCAUUAAUAAUUAGUUUUCCUGUAGCCGUUCCAUGAGUUUAUAGUUACCUUUUUCCAUGGUUAGGCAUAAAAACAUAAUUAUCACUGCUUUUUUGACAAAGAUAAAAUGAUAAUUCACAUGCUCACAUUUUGCUUCAAGUGAAAUGACAGUUUCCUGUCAUGAGGUCUGAGAACCUAAGACAGCAGGAAACUGGUAUGAAGAGGUGGUGUCUCAUUACCUUCCUGAGCUAGAGAAGAAAUCUAAUGUUACUUAAUGAUUUUCUUCUGUUUUACUAUAAAUUUUGAAAUAUAUCCAUAGAAGUGGCUUUAGAAUGCACUUAAAGAAUUGUUGGGACUUGCAGGCAGUGAGGAAAGCAAGAGGACACAAAUAGAAGGCUCCAUGUUCUGUGCUGUGCUGCAGCAAAUGACUGACAUCUUUAGAAAAACAAGGAAAAAGGCUGUUUAACCAGACAAGUCAUUAGUGAUGGUAUAUGGUGUCUUUGGAAUAUUAAUAGCAGAAAUUGCACUGUUACUAAGAUGUAUAUAUAAUAAAGGAUACUUGGCUGUGGCAUCUUGAAAAA